GCCCCUUAAUACGAAGUCUAUAACAGAACGUCCUUACAUACCUAUGAGUAAGGUGGACUGAAAAUAUACUUCCAUAUCCAAGAACAUACAGCUGAUAACAAGUUUAUUGUUUCUAAUUGCGGUAUCAGUUGCAAUGCUGAUUGUGCAGAUGAAUCCAUUACAAAAUAAGUAUUGCUUCAUACAACUUUACACAGCUACUUUAAUAGAACUGUCUACUGUCAGAUAUCAUGUUAUAAUCAACAAAGGGGCGAGAAACACAAAAGUUUUGACAGAAGUAACUGAAUUAGGUGGUGAAGUGACGCUCUAUAAUGAGUAUCAUGAACAUGAUAUCAUAAAACUUAUCGAGGACAGUAACAAUGAAGAGGGUAUUUCCUACGACUCUACAUAUGACUAUUGUGAACAACGGAGAGAAGUAUAGGAAAUUGCAAGUAAAAACACACUACUGGGACUGCUGUAACCUGGGGCAAGAGAAUGGUAGGUGGAAAGCUGCUCUUGACUUAGGCCGUCAAAACAAAUCAGGUGGGAACAUCGGUUACUUUAAUCUGUGGCUUUUUAGUCUGGUGAUUUUCCGCAUUGGUGGUGUGGGCUUUCUUUCAAUUUAAUCACUAGAACAGGCUAAAUCUUGUUGAGUAACAGAGUAGGGUAGGAGACCAAAAUGUAAGUCUUGGCCUUAAUUGUAGUCUAGCAAAGGAAUAGAAUGGGCGCUUUCCAUUUUUUUUUUUGCUAAUGGGACAUUAUAAUCUUCUCAUAAAAUCUACUGAUUAUAUAUCUAUUGCAA